UCAAACCGAAUACUAAAUAAUACUUGGCCACGAUUUAUUACCAAAGACAAAUUACUUAAGACAUCACCACACCAAAUAUCUUCUCCAAAAUUCUCAACAAUAUUUAAAUCCUGAGAAGUUAGCAAAACUGAGAGCAAAUGGAGACAUCAGUUGCAUCGGUAGCAGUUUCAAUUGUGAUAGCUGUUGUGUCUUGGUGGGUAUGGAGAACCUUGAAGUGGGUUUGGUUUAAACCAAAGAUGCUUGAGAGCUACCUGAGAAGACAAGGUAUUCCCGGAACUCCUUACACGCCUCUUGUUGGUGAUUUAAAGAAAAUGUCAAGCAUGCUUACAGAAGCAAGAUCCAAACCCAUCAAACUAACGGAUGAUGUCACACCACGUGUCGUGCCUUAUCCCUUCCACAUGCUCAAGACUCAUGGGAGAACUUACUAUACAUGGUUUGGACCUAUACCAACCAUCACCAUAAUGGAUCCAGAGCAAAUCAAAGAAGUAUUCAACAACGUUUAUGAUUUCCCAAAGCCACAUACAUUCCCAUUAGUCAGAUUCAUAGCCACGGGACUCGCUAGCUAUGAUGGUGAUAAAUGGGCUAAACACCGAAGAAUCAUCAACCCUGCUUUCCACCUAGAGAAGAUCAAGAAUAUGGUACCUGCGUUCCACCAGAGCUGUAGUGAGGUUGUUGGGAAAUGGGACAAGUUGGUCUUGGACAGAGGGUUGUCUUGUGAGGUGGACGUUUGGCCUUGGCUUGUGAGUAUGACUGCAGAUGUGAUCUCUCGUACUGCUUUUGGUAGCAGCUAUAAAGAAGGACAAAGGAUAUUUGAGCUCCAAGCAGAACUAUCUGAGCUCAUCAUACAAGAUUUUCGGAAAGCUUUCAUCCCUGGUUAUAGUUAUCUCCCAACGAAGGAUAAUAGAAGGAUGAAAGCAGCAGCUAGAGAAAUCCAAGUUAUACUGAGAGGGAUAGUUAACAAGAGGUUACUUGCGAGAGAAGCAAGCGAUGACUUGCUAGGUAUACUUCUUGAAUCAAAUUUAGGGCAAGAUGAAGGAAAUGGAAUGAGCACUGAGGAUGUGAUCGAGGAGUGCAAGUUGUUCUAUUUCGCUGGACAAGAGACAACUUCAGUACUUCUUGUCUGGACAAUGGUUAUGUUAAGCCAACACCAAGACUGGCAGGCUCGUGCACGAGAAGAAGUGAAGCAAGUUUUUGGUGAUAAAAAACCUGAUGCAGAAGGCUUGAACCAGCUCAAAGUUAUGACGAUGAUAUUGUAUGAGGUUCUUAGGCUGUAUCCUCCAGUAGCUCAGCUGAUACGAGCCGUUCACAAAGAGAUGAAGGUAGGUGAUCUGACAUUACCGGGCGGCGUACACAUCAAUCUACCUAUUCUGCUAGUCCAGCGCGAUACCGAGCUAUGGGGCCAAGAUGCAGGGGAGUUCAAGCCAGAGAGGUUUAAAGACGGUCUCUCAAAGGCGACUAAGAACCAAGUCUCCUACUUUCCCUUUUCUUGGGGACCAAGGAUCUGCAUUGGUCAGAGCUUUGCCUUGUUGGAGGCUAAAAUGGCAAUGGCCUUGAUUCUACAGAGAUUCUCCUUUGAGUUAUCUCCUUCCUAUGUGCAUGCUCCUUACACAGUCAUGACUAUUCACCCACAGUUUGGUGCUCAUCUUACCCUGCACAAGCUAUAGUUCCAUAACCCAUGCAUGUGUGAUGUUUGCAAAUGAGUCAUAUAUAAGAGAAAUAAAAUUACUGCAGAUCCUAAUAUUAUAAAACCAUGCUUUUAAAACAACUAGUGGUAUCCCUCGCUACGCGCCGGGUUUGUAUGUUUUAUUAUGUUAUUCCAUGUUUGGUUUUGUAAAAUAUAAUUGUUGAAAUUUAUAUUUAUAUUGGUGUGAUUUGUAAUAUUUUUUGUUAAACAUA